CGACCGAAAGUAUUUUGUCCUUGGUUGGUUGGUAAAUGUACACAAUGGUACAUUGGCCUAGGCCUACCGCAUGUACACGUAGCUUUAAUGAGCGAGAAAUUGCAAAGAGUGCAAUAUUACAUGUAACAUUAUUAACAAGAUUAAUCAGUUAAUAUUAUGCCACUGUACUAGAACGUAGAGGCACGUGUUACUGCUUUUAUUUCAAAGCAAGAUGGUAAAAACAGUGGAAGUUGCUUUGUUCCUUUGCUUCGUGCAAAUGCAAGUAUCCUUGGGACCAAUUUCAGCUCAGCCCACAGCAGACGAGGUAAAGUCGCUGCCUGGUUUAUCGGGUCCCCUAAGUUCAAAACAGUACUCCGGAUACCUACAGGCAUCGGGCACAAUCAGACUGCAUUAUUGGUUUGUUGAAUCUCAAGGCAAACCAGCCGAAGAUCCUGUACUACUGUGGUUGAAUGGAGGUCCGUCCUGUAGCUCCAUCUCUGGCUAUCUCACAGAACUUGGACCAUACUGGGUCAACAGCGAUGGGAAAACUCUCUCCGCCAAUGACUUCAGUUGGAACAAAGUGGCCAACAUCAUUUUUCUGGAAUCACCGGCCGGCGUGGGCUACUCUUUCGCUGACAGCCCAGAUUACACAACCAAUGAUGACAAGACUGCUGAGAACAAUUAUUUGGCCCUUUUGGAUUUCUUCAAGAAGUUUCCUAACAUGGCCAAGAAUGAUUUCUACAUCACUGGUGAAAGCUAUGCAGGGAUUUAUGUGCCCACGCUGGCUGUAAAAGUGAUGGAAGGAAAAGACGAGAUCAAUUUGAAGGGCUUUGCUGUUGGAAAUGGUGUCUUAGAUGUGGCUCUUCUUACCGAAACAGGACUUCAGUAUUCAUACUACCAUGGCAUCAUUGGUGAAAGGCUGUGGGAGAAAUUGCAGUCCAGCUGUUGCAAGAACGGAGCGUGCCAUUACUUGCACAGCAAAAACCCAGAGUGCAUCGAAGCACAAAAUGAGGCCAAGUAUCUUCUGCAGCAUAUUGGCAUCAAUCCGUAUGACGUGACAGGGGACUGUGAAGGGAGUUACUCUCAAGACAGGAACAGCUUCUCCAUGCUGAGUUUUCUCGGUGUGGAUUCUUGGGCCAACCCAUCCCGCUCGUCACCAGGAUUACACAGUUCAUUCCUACCAUGCGUCGAUACCACUCGUGCCAACUCCUACAUGAAUUUACCGCAAGUUCGGGCGGCUCUGCACAUCCCCAGCUCUGUUGCCCAAAACUGGACCACCUGCAACCCUCCAUUGGCAGCCAACUACUCCAAGCAGUACAAUUCCAUGCGGAGCCAGUUCAAGGCCCUACUGCCACGCUACCGGGCACUGGUCUACAACGGUGAUGCAGACAACAUCUGCAACUUCCUCAGCGACCAGAAGUUUGUGGCCUCGCUGAAUCAGACCGAGCUUGGUGAGCGCCGACCCUGGGUGUACCAGGGACAGGUGGCAGGGUUCGUGAAGGAGUACAAGCAGGUAACCUUUAUGACCGUCAAGAAUUCGGGUCAUCUGGUGCCCGAGAUCACCCCUGGGCCUGCAUUACAAAUGAUUACAAAUUUCUUGAAGGCCAAGCCGCAGUGAUGUGGCCAGAAGUGUUGAUCUGAUACUUGUCAUUUGGAAUGGGUUAUCUAUCGCUAGUUUUCAAGGUUCUAAAACUGUCAGAUUUCAGAAUCUUCCCUCAAAGAUUCCAUGAUGGAGCUUUCAAGGGAUGGUUGUGUAAGCACACCAUCGGAGUAGUCCAUGAAUUACGGGGCAUCGCAAUGCAGCAUGUCAAGAGGUUGCUACAGAGAGGCCAUUUGUCAAGUUAACAAUUAAUAAAACCAUGGCCCGCUUGCCACGAUUUCCAUUGGAGCCAAUGUCAGUAGACAACGUGGGACGAUUCAUAAAAGGGCCGGGCAUUUCAUGCAAUGGAAAAAAAGAUACGAUUGAUUGAAAUUCACCCUUGAAAUACAUGUACACUUUUGAAUCUACUACCUGGAUAAACAUCAGGAAUAAUUGUAAUUCUCUGUGGGCAGCCAGCAAAUAAGAUUUGUCAGCAUGUUCCUACAAUAUGCUGUGAAAAAUUGGCCCUUCUGUGGCAACCUCUUGGUGGCACAUUGAAUCAUCUAUUCAAGAGAUGUUUUAUUGAGUGAUACAUACACAAACCAACAACUCAACAGUUGCUGAUAAAAACAUCUAGGGACAACCACCAGAACUGGUCCAAUUAUUGCAUCAUGGACUAAGGUGUAUAAUUGUAUGUAAAGUUUUACCAGUAUUUGUAUGGUUGACUAUUGAAAUACAUGUAGCCAAUGUCUUUCUCUAGACAGGUGGAAGUGCUUGUUUAGAAUAUUCCGUAUGUACAUGUGUGAAGCACUUGACAGUGUCAUAAGGCCAAAUAAAAAAAAAUACCUUUGUUCAGGUCACCUGACUGACCCUGUUUCCAGAACCCAUGAUGUGACUCCACAAAUGUUUUAUUAGCUUUGGAAAAAUUAAACUUGAAAGUGUGAUUUCCAUAAAGAGUCAAAAUCUAGCAAAUGAACUGAUUUAUUAGCACUAUAUGAGUCUGGCUAAAUGUGCUUCGGCAGGUCCGAAACAGGUUUGUGUGUUUGGUCCUUUCCGAAAUUUCACAAGCAUGUGACACAGUGCAUGUACUUCAAAUCGUUUCUGCCCCAGUGACUAAAUCAACCAGAGAAGUUGUCAAAAAAAAUGUGAUUCGAUUUGCACAUUUUAGCCUGUGGGGCUGGACUUCAAAAUGAUAGGCAGAUGUUGAUUUAAAUUUAGAAAAAUUCCCCUAUGCCAUCAUGGCCAGAGGCUGUAUAACAAUAAUUUUCAUCACAUUUGGUUUGUCUCGAGAUUGGGAUCCUGGUAUGGGCAGUUCAGGUUUCUUUCCAGUGUAUGGCCACAUCAGUGGCAUGGCAUAUACCACUUGGCCACUUUGAAUACAUUGCCUGGUAAUUCCUGGGUAACUUUCCAGUAUUGUACAUGUACUCGGCACAAACGCACUUCAAACAUGGUGAAGCAUUAUUAAAAAUAAAAGCUUUCCAUGAUCAAUAAAAGUUUCAUUACCGAAAGAGAUUACAAUGACUGUAGACAGACAAUCGACUGAAGGCCAGGUACAACAUUAACUCAGGAUAAGGCGAGAGAGGGUGGAACUGUACAUGUACAUGUGUAGUGCUCUCUCUAACGUCGCUGCUCUGCUCACUAGUAAUGAGCCAAUGCGGUAUUCCUACGGUGCAUGUCCAAAAGAAGUCAUUCGGAUAUGUGUCUAGGGUUUGCCCUAUCAGCUCUGCCCUACAUGUGCAUGUAUGUCAACUUGUGCUUUGAUCCUGAACGACUUUGCUUGUUUGAAAUACCAAAGGGGCUCAUCAUUUGGUUAACUACAUAUACAUGCACAUUGUAUGUGGCUUCAAUAGAGAAAGGGAGAGUCAACAACUUCAUACUGAAGUUGGUUUGUUCAACAAAGAAUGCAUAAUUUGAAAUUGUAAGUAAUUUCUUAGGCUGAAAUACAUCAUGUAGUUGUCCAUUUUGUUUGCUGGAAAUUUUGCAUCUGCCCUAAAAUAGAUAAUAAAAAGCUCAGUCUUCCAUAGCUUGUAACAACAGUUCAGACCUAGUGUUAGCGUGCUUUGAAAUUUAUUACUUCAAAACAAUUUAGACCUGCGAACAUAUUAUUGAUUGCUUAAUAAAUUAUAUUUGCAUACUUAGUAAAGGGCAGUCAGUCGUUAAAACCUGAACUGAGUCUCCAAGGGUCCAGUUUGGUCAAGCUCUAUCACAGUGCACCAGUCUCAAAUAAUGAAUAAAUAAAAAAAAAGCACCAGCCAGAGAAAUAAUUGUUUAUUAAAGUUAAUCUGAGUAUUUGAGUGUCCUUGAUCAUCAUCAAAUACUCCCUUGAGAGCAAUGUCACUGUCAGUUAUUUUGACAAAUUUGCAAAGUCUCUUGUCUCCUCAAAACUUUUCACUUUAACCCCCUUUAUGAAGCUUGCAACCUAGUACUAGGAUCAUUAAAUCUUUCAAUCUUUUUGAUAACCUUUUUACAACUUGUUAUAACUUUUACUGUAAUUUUAGUUCAAUUUAACUGAUGGUUUGUAAGUUUUCGUCAUAAUUUUUAUUUACCUAAUGUCAUACCAGUGAGUCAGUCUUUGUAAAUUUCUGAAUUUUUGGCUUGGAGUUUUCUACAUUGAUAUCAAUAGCUUAAAAUAAUAAUAUCACAUGCAGUUGAAACAUGUGAUACAUGUCACACUAUGUGUAGAAUCUUCUUUUGUGUGAGAAACACAUUUCCUCGUGACAUUUGUACAUGUGCAUGUACACGUAUAUUGGUUUAUGAAUCAACAUUAAACACAAAUAUCACAAACACUAUUCAAUUAAUAAAAUUUUUACCCGUGUUCUUUCUUUUUCAGCGGACAGUUCAUUCAAAACUAGUGCUGAAAUGUUAUCUUGAUUCAUUUUAUUGACGCAUACUGUAGACUUUAUAUUUUUAUACUUGUUACAGAAACUCUGUGAAGGUGUUUAUUAAAUGUUUUUAUAGUUGGAUCUCAGUAAAGUCGCAUGCUCAGUAUUUUUAAAACUUAGUUUAGAUGAGUGUGUAGCACGGAAAAAUGGCACCCUAAAAUAAAAUCUGAAUAAACAAAAAAAACAAACAAACCAGAAUUUGGGGAACUCGCUAAAAUAAAAACUUCAAAUUUGAUUGGGUAGGGAGGAGUCGCAAGGAAAAUUAGGUGGAGGCAAACGACUGCAAGUUUUAUAGAAAGGAGGAAAAAAACCAAAAAUGAAAUUCCAAAAUUUAUUGCUUAGGGGGCAAUGCUCAACAGAAUCCAAACAACGAUAUAAAAAAAGGAAGUGUCUAACCACAAAUUCAAUCAAACUUGUGAUCAACAAGACUAGAUUAACUUUAAUCUUAAAAAAAAAUGCACUUAAUGAAACUACGUCAAACUACGAAAAAAUUAGAAGCCAAUGAAACUUUGCUGGUCAAAAGAAAUAGGAGCGUGGAUUCAACAAAAUUUAGAGUCAAGCAAAUACAAGCUAAAAAAAAAUGAAUGAAUUUCAACAAAAAACGAAAACCUAACCACAAGCAAAACUAGAAAAACCGAAAGCCAACACAGUAUAUAAGAGGGUAGCAAAACAAUAAACACAACAGCUUUGACAACCGAUUAAAACGGCAGACUAAGCGAUGGGCAGAAAACUCAUAAAAAUGUGGUGUGUGUUCUUCACUGCCAGUCUGCAAACUGAGUGGGUCUAGGAGGAAUGCUGAGCACAUGGUGUUGAAUCAAAGGGGCUCUUUGUUCAAGGGUCUAAUUACUGUAAGAAUGAUGUUACCUUACCAGGGGGAGGGUGUAGCUUAAAAAAGAAAAUUGUUUUCCAGGGGGGAGGGAACUAAAGUUAUUGUACAUAAAGAAGAUUACAAUCAUCCUCCUUACAAGUGCAUCUGUGAAGUUUCAAUUUGCCCUAAUAAAAAUGUCCAAUUCAUUUACCUAUUGAGACCAAUUCACUUACCCAUUGGAUCCUAUUCACUUACCCAUUGGAUCCAGUUCACAUAGCAAUUGGAUCCAAUUCACUUACCAAUUCAAUAACCAAUUCCAAAACCUAUUGCUUUUGUUUGGAAUCAGUUGGAAUCCAAUUGGGUUCAGUUGGUUUGGAUAGUAAAUUCGGACCUUUUCUCAGUUGGACUAUUUCAAUCCAAUUGACACCAUUUGAAUGCCAAUUCACAAUCCAAUUGUAACCAACCGAAGAACCAAUUGAAACCAUUUCAAUACCAAUUCAAACCAACCUAGUCCCAUUUGAAACUCCGUUUGAUGGGGGAAACAAGCUAAAAGCAAACCAAAUGGAACCAGUUGCGUCCCAUUUGAAAUUUCCAAUUGAUCGAGGAAAUCAAACAGAGAGAAAGCAUACCAAUUGGAACCAUUUGAUUCCCAUUUGAAAAUAAACAGCAAAGAAUAAAAUGCCAAUUGAAACCAA